AACGACGUCGUGCCCACAAAGUAUUCAAAAGGGGAAAAAACACAGAAAAAACCAAAGCCAAAAAAUCUCUUUUUUCUUCCCUGUCAGUUUCCUUUCAAAGAAGGGUUUUUGUAGGGCUUUUUUCUAUGUUUCUCCUCUUUUUGUAUUCAAGUACUUUAUACAAACAAAGAUAAAAAGGAGAAAAAAAAAUGGGUUCCUUGAGAAAUGAACAAGAAAGAGAAGAGGAAAAUGUAGUAAUGGAAAAAGAGGAAGAAAAGGAAGAAGAAGAAGAAGAGCCCAUAUUAAAAGAACAAAACCAAAGGUUUUGCAUGUUUCCCAUUACCCAUCAGCCACUUUGGGAGAUGUACAAAAAGGCUGAGGCUAGUUUCUGGACAGCUGAGGAGGUUGAUCUCUCACAAGAUGUGCAGCAAUGGGAGAUGUUAUCUAACUCAGAAAAACACUUCAUAAGCCAUGUGCUGGCAUUUUUUGCUGCAUCUGAUGGGAUAGUUUUGGAGAACUUGGCUGCAAGAUUCCUAAAGGAUGUUCAAAUUCCAGAGGCCCGGGCAUUCUAUGGAUUUCAAAUUGCAAUGGAGAAUAUUCAUUCUGAUAUUUUCUGCUGCCAAUGUUUAGAAAUGUACAGCUUGCUUUUGGAGACAUAUAUCAAGGAUUCCAAAGAAAAACAUAGAUUGUUCAAUGCUAUCGAAAACAUCCCUUGUGUCAGCAAGAAGGCUAAGUGGGCUUUGGAUUGGAUACAAAGUUCCACCUCAUUCGCAGAGAGACUUGUUGCUUUUGCUUGUGUUGAAGGAAUCUUCUUUUCUGGAAGCUUUUGUGCCAUUUUUUGGCUUAAAAAGAGGGGACUGAUGCCUGGUUUGACAUUCUCAAAUGAGCUUAUAUCUAGAGAUGAGGGGCUUCACUGUGACUUUGCUUGCCUUCUGUAUAGUUUGCUGCGGAGGCAACUUAAAUGGCAAAAAGUCCAUCAUAUUGUUCAUGAAGCAGUGGAAAUCGAGACUGAAUUUGUUUGUGAGGCUCUCCCUUGUGCACUGAUUGGCAUGAACUCAACACUAAUGAGCCAGUACAUAAAGUUUGUUGCUGAUCGUCUUUUGGUUGCAUUGGGGUGUCAGAGAAAGUACAAUGUGGAAAAUCCUUUUGAUUGGAUGGAAUUUAUAUCAUUACAAGGAAAAGCCAACUUCUUUGAGAGGAGGGUUGGUGAUUAUCAGAAAGCAUCUGUUAUGUCAAGCCUUCAGAAUGGAGGUAAAAACUAUGUCUUCAGACUGGAUGAAGACUUCUAAAUCCCCCAUUGAUCAAGUGUUUCGUUUUCUUACUCACCUUGAGUAUUAUAUAAUGUUGCCAAUGGGUAUCAAAAUAUUAUUUUAGUAACUCUUUUUGUCUGUAAUAUCUUUCAUCAUACCGUAAAUUCCAAAACAUCAUCGGUUCAUCGCCUGCAUGGGUAAAGCUCAAAUUAUAUGAAUAUAUGUUUGGCCAUCAUUAGCCUUUUAUUAUGUACAAUAAUCACCUUUGGAUGCAUAUUGUUGUUCCUUAUCUGAUGUUUUAAGUGCCUGUCAUAUUCGAACAGGUGCUACUUAUCUUUUAUUCCCAUUUUUCUGGGUCGAGGUGGAAAGUCUAUAUCAUCAUCUGUUUAGCACUUUGCAAUUGCUUAUAUCAUUACAUUCCUUGCAUUUCACUAAAUUUGUUCAGUACAUCAAACUGGAUAAGUUACAUAAUUACUUUGUUGCUGCAUGGUGGAAGAAAUCAAAAUGAAAAUGUUAUGGAAUUCUGUUUGGCUGAAGGAAACAGCAGAAUUCCCUUUCACUGUGUGGUGCAGGAGCCUUGAUUGUGAAACUUAUUAUUUACAGCAUAGAAAGGACGAAAGGCAUUGAUGGU